CGCACCAUCCCGCACGCCACCUAACGCAAGGGCCCCGUCGCGGUACAGUGAAAGGCGGCACUACUCUGCUCUCACUCGUCGUUCGGCGCUGGCACCGGUGGCAUGCCAUCGGCAGACCCGCAGAACUGCCGCGUUUAUAUGAGCGCAUCGCCGGCCGGAUCACUUCCCAGGCACACACACCCCUCUCUGUCGUCACUUCCUAACUGCCUACCCUUCCAGCCCCCUCCUCCUCCCCCGGAUCAAGGUUAGUUUGUCACAGAAAUAAGAUGUCAAACAGACCCACACACUGGUGUUAUGCCUGCCGCCGGCCAAUUCGUCUUCGUGGAGAAGAUAUAAUCUGCCCCAACUGCAAUGAUGGCUUUAUCCAAGAAAUUAGUGAGAUUGGAGACACAUUGAACACAUACGGUAUCUUUGGGCCAAGCUUGGAAGAUCGCCAAGAUAGAAGAUUUGGAAUGAUGGAGGCUAUGUCUGCCAUUAUGCGCCAACAGAUGGCAGAAAUGGACAGCAAUCCUGUAUUUGAUAUCCAUGGCACACAAGGGGCAAGUACUGUACCAGUAAGGCGACCGUCGAUUGGCCCAAGGCUUAUAUUUGGCAGCAACAUGCCUGCUGAUGCGAGCGAGAGUAGCGGGCUGAAUGUCUUUGUCAGGGGAGGUCGCAGAAUUGGUGCUGAUCGUCCAAAUUUCAGCGGUUUCCUUGUCAGUCCCAGCCUCGAAGCUCUUUUUGAGCAGCUGCUACGGCAGAACGAUAGCACCCGCCAUGGACCACCGCCGGCGCCGCAGUCUGCAAUCGACUCCAUGCCAGUGGUGAAGAUAAACCGCAGGCAUCUGCACGACGAUCCACACUGUCCGGUCUGCACAGACAAAUUUGAGGUCGGCUCAGAGGCAAGGGAGAUGCCGUGCAAGCACCUGUACCAUGCCGCCUGCAUCAUUCCAUGGCUUGUUCAGCACAACUCAUGCCCAGUUUGCCGCCACCCGUUGCCCCCACAGCGAGGAAGAUCAGAUAAUGCCACCAGCACCUUACCUUCAACCCAACACAACGAAGCCGCCUCUAGCCACGGGGUCACAGAAGCUGAUCUUGGGCCUGUCACGAGGAGCGAUGAUGGCAGCAGCGGCUCUUUCUCGUUUCUCUGGCCAUUCGGCUCGUCGAGUUCAGGUCCCAGCUCUUACCAGUACGAAGGAGGUGUGGGUGAACCUGCAGUUUACGAUGACGACCCCAGUCAGAUAACCUAUUCCGAGUGGCACUAUGACCCCUGACCUCCUGCUCUCUGAUUAAGCUGGCGCUACAGAAAUUCCCGCCUUAAAUCUGCAAACGUGGUGCGGAAUUCAUCGUUGCUAUGUGGAUGCGGCGGUGUCGUGUCACCUAUGAUGGCUGCCUGUAACGUUCACCUUAUAUCCUUCGCGUGGUUGUGUAUAACUGUAAAUUGUGUAUUCAGAAAGGAACUACUCCGGUCUGUAGUAUACUGGGAUGUAGCUGUUCACGUCACACUGGAGUACCGGACAUCGUACCAUGAUCAAGUUGACCAAGGCA